AUGGAGAAAAAUCAGAAGAAGAAGAAUAGAAGAAGACGUCGUCGAAUCUCAGAAUCUCAGAAUCUCCGAAUCUCAGAAUCUCAGAAUCUCAGAAUCUCAGAAUCUCAGAAUCUCAAAGUCUCAAUAUCUCAGAAUCUCAAUCAUAGAAUCCCAGAAUCUCAAUCAGAGAAUCUCAGAAUCUCAGAAUCUCAGAAUCUCAGAAUCUCAGAAUCUCAGAAUCUCAGAAUCUCAGAAUCUCAGAAUCAGAGAAUCUCAGAAUCUCAGAAUCUCAGAACCUCAGAAUCUCAGUAUCUCAGAAUCUCAAAGUCUCAAAAUCUCAGAAUCUCAAUCAUAGAAUCCCAGAAUCUCAAUCAGAGAAUCUCAGAAUCUCAGAAUCUCAGAAUCUCAGAAUCUCAGAAUCUCAGAAUCUCAGAAUCUCAGAAUCUCAGAAUCUCAGAAUCUCAGAAUCUCAGAAUCUCAGAAUCUCAGAAUCUCAGAAUCUCAGAAUCUCAGAAUCUCAGAAUCUCAGAAUCUCAGAUCCAGAGAAUCUCAGAAUCUCAGAAUCUCAGAAUCAGAGAAUCUCAGAAUCUCAGUAUCUCAGAAUCUCAGAAUCUCAGAAUCUCAGAAUCUCAGAAUCUCAGAAUCUCAGAAUCUCAGAAUCUCAGAAUCUCAGAAUCUCAGAAUCAGAGAAUCUCAGAAUCUCAGAAUCUCAGAACCUUUUAA